AUGGCAUGCACACUUGCCGAUCUGACCCCGAAUGUCACCGAAUCUUCACUACGUCGGGCACAUGGCGUCCACCCUAUUAACGCCGUUCAGGUAGAAUACCGCCUUUUCACGCUGGACAUCGAAUCGCCAACGUAUAAUCUACUCAAGGCCUGUCAUGAGCUUGGUGUCGCCGUUGUCGCCUUCAGCCCAAUCGGACACGGUAUUCUCACCGGUCUGUUCCAAUCCCAUACCGAUCUACCCGAGCGCGACCUGCGACGAAUGUACCCAAAAUACGCAGAGGAGAACUUCUCAGAAAUUUUGAGGCUGGUAGCGAAGUUGGAGCAGGUGGCUGAGGAACAUGGAAAUACCCCAGCACAGGUGGCUCUCGCAUGGCUUCUAGCAAAAGCGCCAGGGAUUUUCCCAAUUCCAGGCACAAAGUCGGCGGUUAGAAUGGAGGAGAAUGCAGCUUCUGCACUUCUGCAAUUGAGCGACCAGGAAGUUCAAGAGAUUAGGGAGUUGGCUGAGGGUGUCGAGAUCCAAGGAACUCGGUACCCGGCGGCAUAA